AUGGCAACACCAAACCGCAACCGCAACCGCGGCCGCAGCUUCCAACGUGUCGACCGCGCACAAAGCAUACUCUCCGACUCCCAAGCCUCCUUCCACACACCGCGUCCCACGCCCCCACCACCACCCACGCGCAGCGGCCGCGGCGUACGCGCCAACAGCACUGUCAGCGAUGCGCCUUCCUCGCUGCUCGAACAAGACACGCCUGGAAAGUCCGCUCGGAAAGAAGCAGCAGCCGCAAAAUUAUCCUUACACUACCACUACGCGCCCACAGUCCCAACUCCGUUUGCAGGCACGCUGGAAGCGGGGUUGGAUGCGAUACAAGUCUGGGGCCGGGUUCACAGUAAUCUUGGAACGAAAGGAUUGCAUCCGCUCAUUGAUACGUUACUCCGGCCAGUGGACAGUAAGACAAACUGGCCUGCUGUGUUCAGUGCGCUUGAAGACCGCCCCCAAGGUCGUUUCCGGUAUCUAUGUGAGGAGCUACUUUUCCUGAUCACGCGGACGUUGUUGCCGGAGGCGAUUGUGCAGAAUAGGGCGCUUAUGGCCAGGCUUUAUGAUCGGAAGAAACAGCUUGCUAUGCGGUUGGUGCUGCGGUAUGAUAUGUUGAGGGAGUGGAAGAUGGAGCAUGGGGCGACGGGUCGCGAGAUGCCUGUUGCGGUUGCUUCGGUGCCGCCGACGGGGAUACCGGCGCCUGAUCCAGUGCCCCAUCAUGUUACGGCCCUGGACGAUUAUCUGCUGUUGACUGAUGAAGAGGUGGCGGGGUUGAGUGGUAUCGCGCUGCUGGAGAGGGUGUGGCAGGUUCUGCUGCAUUGGCAGUGGUUGAGGCAGAAUAAUGAGGUGCUGGAGGAGAUGGAGGUGCAUGGAUGGGAGGAGUUGGAGGGCAAGGCGGAUGAGUCGGAGUGGAUUGCUGAUGAUGUGAAGAAGAGUGCGGCACCUGGGAGUAAGAGAGCGAGGGAGAAGGAAGAUGAGUAA